AUGGGGGCCUCUGUACGCGAAAGGGAUGAGAAGCUGGCCGAUUGUGUGAUCAGUGGGCAAAGCAUUGUGGUAAGGAAGUUUGGAGAUAAAGAACGUUCGGGAAUCCGUACAGAAGACGUUCUCAAAACGCCAUGAUUUCAUGAAAUUGGCGCAAAUUUUGAUUAUAUAUAUUUUCGUAAAGUGCUAUUUCGCAUAGCACACGCGAGAUCCAUGGUAUGUCAAACUUUGCUUCACAUACAUAUUUUUUAUAAAAAUCAAUCGUCGUUGAUGUGUUUGAAGCCAUCACUGACAGCGCCUUAAAAACUUUGCGAUUUUGACGAUUUAUCUAAGGGUUUGGCUUGUCCCUAUUUGAAACAUGAUGGAAACUUACAUAGUCUGGAACAAGACGGAUUUUUUGAGCCUACGAAAAAAUCGAAAUGAGUCAGUUUCUAGAUAAAAAAUCUUUUCAUUUUUCGCAAUAUGUCCCCGACCUUGUUCAAAACACCCGUCGUUGAGACUGAUCAUUUUACCUUUUUGAUAAAAGCCAAUUUUCGUGUUGAGAGACAAUUCGUAGAGCGCAAAAUCUUGACGCGACACGUCGCGCUUUGCAGAAAAGCCCAAAUUUUGAUAUUAACGGCGGAUUUACAUUCGACAUUUUUUGCCUGCUUAUUAAAACAUUUUCUUCUGACCGCUCUCCUCACUUCACGUUCUUUAAUAUCGUUGCAUGGGUCGGUUUUUUCUGACCAAAAUUUUGAGAAAUCGACAUGCGGCCUAGGUACGAACGCCGGACAUUUAUAUUAGGUUGAUGCAAAAGGAAUUGCGGAUUUUUUAGUUUAUUCGUAUUUUUUUAUAGGAUAGCUCAAUUCAAAAAUGGAAAAAGGUAUAUAGUAGUAAAUUUUGAGAGGAUUUUUUCUGUAUAUGUGCUAUUCUUAUAAAAGUUAUCAAACGUUACCAUAAGUUACCUCGAAGGUACCCUAAACAUGUUAGUACAUUUUAAACCAAUUUUUUUACAUAUUUUUUGCGGCUUUAUCCAUUUUUGAAAAUAUUUUGAUAAAAUACGUUAUAUUCUAUCAAAAAACAAAAAAAAACCCCAUUUUUGGCAAAGCGUUAAAACGCUAUCCCAAAAAUUCAAAUUUCAGCAAAUUUUACAAAUCGUGUCAUAUCUUUUUUUUAAUAAGUCCAAAAUAAAAAGUUCUUUUUGCUUUCGAGUAGUAACAACAUUUUUAAGAUUUUUGUGACAAAAAACAUCAAAAUCAAAAAAAUUUAUUUUUUUGACAUUUUUUGAAAAAAAAAAUAAAAUUCAAGAUUUUGAUGUCUUUUUUUCACGAAAGCCUUAAAAAUGUUGUUACUAAUCGAAAGCAAAAAGAAUUUUUUAUUUUGGACUUAUUAAAAAAAAGAUAUGACACGAUUUGUAAAAUUUGCUGAAAUUUGAAUUUUUGGGAUAGCGUUUUAACGCUUUGCCAAAAAUGGGGUUUUUUUUUGUUUUUUGAUAGAAUAUAACGUAUUUUAUCAAAAUAUUUUCAAAAAUGGAUAAAGCCGCAAAACAAUAUGUAAAAAAUUGGUUUAAAAUAUACUAACAUGUUUAGGGUACCUUCGUGGUAACUUAUGGUAACGUUUGAUAACUUUUAUAAGAAUAGCAUAUAUACAGAAAAAAUCCUCUUAAAAUUUACUACUAUAUACCUUUUUCCAUUUUUGAAUUGAGCUAUCCUAUAAAAAAAUACGAAUAAAUUAAAAAAUCCGCAAUUCCUUUUGCAUCAACCUAAUAUUAUGUAGGAAAUUUGAGUGAAGUCUGUUACAUAAUUUUCUACACGAGUUUCUGUUUUGAUCCAGACUAAUUUAACAGUCAUUUUUUCGCUAUUAGGACAUCUAAACUAAUAGUACAAAGUUGAUCACAUUAUCCCGACUUGUGACUCAGCUAUGUUUUGAACUGGGAACACGAUUUGCAUCUUCAUUAAUCGAAAUAAUGAUGAAAUUUUACAGGGCAAACGAAUUUCGAAUUUUAUCAAAAUCCGGACAACCGUUUUAACAACCAUUUUCAGCCUGGGUCAGCGUUCACAUCGCCAUCGUGCACCGCAGAUUUUUCGCCCGGAAAAAUUGCUGGAGCUGCGGAACAGCUCGCCUACGAUGAACAAGCUUCCCAGAAGAAAUUCAAUGCUCCUCAUUGGUUGGACCAAGUCCGCGAUUUGGAUAUUUUCCACGGCCGACUCUCCAAGUACAAGGCGAACAGACUGCUGAAGAAGAAUGGAGAUUACUUACUGAGGUCGGCGAUGGACAAACGGGAUGGGGUAAGAUCUUAAGGGAGGAGUUGUUUCGCGAAGUACAAAUUAUCCUAGAUUUUUUGGCUAACAUAAGAAAGGAUGUACCCCAAGUGCAACGCGAUUUUCAAAUUGAAUUCCCGGACUUCUUGAGCUCAUUGUACCAUUUUCAGUUCCUCAAGCUGGUUCUCUCGGUCCGUUGGGAUGAUCGGUCCUGGCAUUUCCUGAUUCGCGAAAACUUUGGCCUUUAUCGAGUGGACAGCUCCCUUUUCCAGUCGAUCCCCUGCCUGCUCGCCUAUCAUCACAACAGCGGCGAGCCGAUUCAUCACAAUUAUAGAUGUUGUCUUAUGCGCCCAAUCCCGACCGGCCUCACAGCUCAAUCGUUUGCGUCCAUCUGCGAAAUGGAGAAGAACAAGUCGUCGGCACAACGUCCGAUGGGCGUGGAACCGUUCAGCGCAGAAGACAAGGAGAUGCCGGAGAUCCUGAACCAAGUCCUCACCGUUUUGUUGGCAGCAAUUGGCAUCACAUUCCUAUAUCUUUGCGUGUAUUUUUAA